AUGCCAUUCAGCAUCGCCAUUGUCGGCGCGGGCCCGGCAGGCCUCACCUUGGCGCGGCUCCUCCAAGUCGCGAACGUCGAUGUCUCCAUCACAAUAUUCGAACAUGACGCCUCGCCCACAUCACGACUAUACCAGGGCGGCACACUAGAUCUACAUACCGACACCGGUCUCGCCGCUCUGAAGAAAGCCGGCUUAUGGGAGGAAGCACUCAAGCAUUUGCGCUACGAUGGCGAGGAAUUGUCCUUUGCCGACGAGAACGCCACGAUAAUUGUCCACAAGAAACAUUCGUCCAUGGCCGGGGCGAAAGUCGACUACGAGCGACCAGAGAUAGAUCGCGAAAUCUUGAAAGGCAUGCUGCUCAACAGCGUCAAGCCGGAAAUGGUCCAAUGGGGAAAGACUCUGCGGUCCAUCGAGCCCACCAACGGCAUCCUGACAUUUCGUGACGGCACCACGGCCGGACCCUUUGAUUUGGUGGUCGGUGCUGACGGUGCAUGGUCCAAAGUCAGACACGUCUUGACGGAUAUUCGUCCGCAUUAUGCAGGAAUGGGUGGAUUUGAAAGUGUCAUCGAGAACCCGGACAGAGACUACCCCAAGAUAUCCAAGAUGGUCGGGAGAGGAAGUUACUUUUCAUUUUCGGACGGCAAAGCCAUCGUCGCACAAAGAAUGGGCGACGAGAGCAUCAAAGUCUCCCAGUGGUCGUUGAAGGAGGAAAACUACCCGUCCGAUCUCAUGGCAUCUUGCGGCUCCGACGAGGAGAAAUUGAAAGAAAUGGUCCUGGAAAACUACCGGGAUUGGGCAUGUGAACUGCGAGAAGUGGUUCGCGCGAGCACCAAUCUCCGGCCUCGGUCGCUGUAUGAACUUCCAGUCGGACAUUUCUGGGACCACCGGAAGGGAUACACGUUGAUUGGGGAUUCGGCUAGUCUAAUGACUCCUUUCACCGGAGAGGGCGUCAACAAGGCCAUGAAAGAUGCAUUGGAAUUGGCAGAGGUGCUGGAAACGGCGGUGACGAGGAAUGGGAGCAUGGACGAGGCGGUGGAGCAAUAUGAGCAAGUCAUGUUCCCUCGAGCCCAAAAAAUCCAGCAACGAACCAUGCACAAUAAGAAUGCGAUGUUUAGAGGAGGGCCGGUUCAGUUCAUGAUCGGCAUGGUAGACGUGAUUACGGAGGAGUCGGGAAUAGAUUUGAAGAAGGGUUGGCUGUCGUGGAUUCCCAUCAAGACGAUUAUGUGGUGUUGCUUGUCACUUCGGCAGGUCAUUGGAGGGUAUAGGAGGAAGCUGAGAGACCUGUUCUCUCGAAGAUGA